AUGUGUGCUGAUUGUGGAGGUAUUGGGCAUAAUGCAGAGCAAUGUAGGAAGAAAAGGUAUGAAGUUGCUCAAGCUAAAAUCAUAGCUAAGAAGAAGUGGGUUCCAAAAGCUCAGCAAGUGCAGCAAGGGAAUGUUCUAAAGCCAGCGAUACAAGCUGUGGAUGCAGGGCAGGGAUUAGCACCAAUUGCUGAACACCCUCAAGAAGAACAGGGAGAAGAUGACCCUAAGGAGAAGCAGGUUGACACUGCAGAACCUAGUUCUGCUCCUGGGCAGCAGACGAGGGGGGCUGAAUUGCCCACAGAAGCAUGGGGAUGUGAGCAAGCUGAUGCAUCAACAACAGUGUGGGUUAUUUGGUUGGGUUCUGCAGUUACUUUAGCAGAGGUUAAGGGGAUUAGAUCUUGUUUGAGGGGGUGUAAGAUGCAGGAGAUGGAAUCUAUAGGACCUUUCUACACUUGGUCAAAUAAACAGGAGGGUGAUGAUAGGAUAUUUUCUAAAAUAGACAGGGUGUUUGUUAAUGAGGGGUGGGAAAGGGAAUUCCAGGAGGUUGUUACUCACUUUUUGCCUGAAAGUUUGUCAGUUCAUAGCCCAGGUAUAAUACACAUAGAUAAUGUUAGAGAGUCUAAACCAUCUUCAUUUAUAUUCUUUAACAUGUGGACUAUCUCUGAGGAGUUUGGGGAGAUAGUGCAAGCUGGAUGGCAGAAGCAAGUGCAGGGAUGUGGGAUGUAUAAGGUGGAUAAGAAACGAAAGAUGUUGAAAUAUGAUUUAAAGGUGCUAAAUAAAAACACGUUCUCAAAUAUAGAGCUUGAAGCUGAACUGGCUUGGAAGAGACUGACUCUUGCUCAACAGAAGAUUCAAGAGGAUCCUAGAAAUAGGGAUUUACACAAGGAAGAUGAGGAAGCUAGAAAUCACUACUUAGCUCUAUAUAAAGCAAGAAUGAGCUUUUUACAGCAGAAAGGGAAGAAUGAGUGGCUGAAAGGAGGAGAUAGUAACACCUCCUAUUUUCAUGCCAGUUUGAAGAAAAGAAGAGCCCGGAAUCACAUUUAUAGGAUUAGGAAUGGAAGAGGGGAAUGGAUGGAGGAUCAAGAGGGGAUUGAGAAGGCUUUCUUGGAGUUUUAUGAAAACUUAUUAGGUUGUGCUCAACAGACAAGGAAGAAAGUGAGUAGGAGUGUUUUGAGAGAAGGAAAGAAGGUGAGUGAGGAUAAUAAGCAAUUGCUUAUGAGAAAUUUUCAAGCUGAAGAUGUGAAGCAAGAUUUGAUGGAUAUUGAUGAUAACAAGUCCCCUGGGCCUGAUGGCUAUUCUAGUUGCUUUUAUAAGAAGGCAUGGGAUACUAUUGGAGAGGGUAUAACUGAUGCAGUGUUGGAAUUCUUUAACACUAGGAAAUUAUUGAAGCAGAUUAAUUGCACAACUUUGUGUUUGAUUCCAAAGUGUGAGCAACCACAGGAAGUAACACAAUACAGACCAAUUGCAUGUUGCAAUGUUAUGUACAAAAUUAUAUCUAAGAUGUUGUGUUCUAGAUUGAAAAGAGUGCUCCUUGAGAUUAUAGAUCUUGUGCAGAGUGCUUUUGUGGAGAAUAGAGUGAUAUUUCAUAAUGUGUUCAUAUGUCUGGACAUGUUAAGACACUAUAAAAGGAAAGGUGAGCCUGCUAGGUGCACUAUGAAAAUAGACCUUAGGAAGGCUUAUGACUCCUUAGAUUGGGAGUUUUUGAGAGAGAUGCUGGAGGGUCUUGAGUUCCCUGAUCAGUUUGCAUUGUGA